UUUUUUUCUUCUUCAAAACUACUGAAAUAUAUAGCAUUUUGGUUACCUCCUUGCUUCCCCAUUCAUCACUUUGAGAAUGGAUGAAGAGGGAACUCCUAUUGUUGAUACUCAAUCCCUCACCAUCAAGAUUGCAAAUUCAGGUCAGAAGAAACUGAUAGCAAACACAGCAACAUCAUCACCAUAUAACUCCCCUUCUGUUAUCUCUCCUCCAUCUUCUGCAUUUGUUUCAGCAUUACAAUCACCUUACAUUUCUCCAAGGGCCACUUUAGUUACAAAUCCAACUCAAGAAAAUCAAGAAACUCCCAUUGCUCCUCCUACCUCAGUUGUCCAUCCAUCCCCACCAGUCUCAUACUGCGGUUCGCAAUCUGAUGAUGUUCCCAGCACCUCCUACACUCCACCACCAGAAAGAUAUGAUUUUUCUGAUGAUCCUACAGACACAAAGCUCAAGAUUGUCACCUGUGUCCCUGUUUCAGGACCGGAGACUGAUCCCAGGAUAUCCUUUUCUUUCCCUGUCCCUCGAAUUUCGUUUGCCAAGGGCUCCAUUUCACCUGCUUCCAAUACCAAACUUAGAAGCUGUGAUGUGUAUAUAGGAUUCCAUGGUCAGAACCCGAAUUUAGUACGCUUCUGCAAGUGGCUCAAAUCAGAACUUGAGCUUCAGGGAAUUGCUUGUUUUAUUGCUGAUAGAGCAAAGUAUGCAGAUAAUCAAAGCCAUGAGAUUGCUGACCGAGUUAUAUGCUCAGUAACCUUUGGUGUCAUAGUUGUAACUGGUUGUAGCUUUUUCAACCAUCUUAGCUUGGAGGAAAUAAGAUUCUUCGCGCAAAAGAAGAACUUGAUUCCGUUGUUCUUUAACACGGAUGCCAAUGAAAUUGCAAGUCUUUUUAACCGUAAUGGUGAUACCAAGAAAUGUAAAGAGGCACUGGAUGUAAUACUAAAGUGCCAUGAUCUUAGAUUGGAGACAAAUGAGAGUAAUUGGAGAUCCUGUGUUUCGAAAACAGCUGGGAUAUUAAGGGCCAAACUUGGCAGGAAAAGUGUUGUAGAAAAGUGUACAGAAGGCUUUGAAGAGUUGCCCUUUCCAAGGAAUAAAAGUUUUGUGGGAAGAGAGAAAGAAAUUAUCGAUAUAGAGACGACUCUUUUUGGCUCUGGGGAUUCUUUCGAGCAAGAAAGUGCAGUCCCAAUUGUCAAAGGAGGAACACCUGGACAAUCUGAAGGUCUAGCAGAUGAUGAAAGUGAAGCUGAUGCUGGCAGAGGCAAAUACAUAAAUCUAGAGAUAGGAAAGAACACGGAAACAAAUAAAGAAGCUUGGGUCGAACGAAAUUCAUUGAAGAGGCCAAAGUACAGAAAAUCAAGAAGUGGGAAGGAUAAGAAUUUGAGUAUGAGUGUUGUAUGCAUAAAUGGCUUGCCUGGUGUUGGAAAGACAGACCUCGCUUUGGAAUUUGCUUACAGGUAUUCACAAAGGUACAAGAUGGUCUUGUGGGUAGGGGGUGAAGCUCGCUACUUUCGACAGAACAUAUUGAACUUGUCUCUAAAUUUGGAGCUGGAUGUGAGUGCCGAUGCUGAGAAGGAAAGAGGGAGGAUAAGGAGUUUUGAUGAGCAAGAAUCAGAAGCAUUCAAGAGAGUUAAAAGGGAGAUGUUCCGCGACAUGCCAUAUUUACUAAUUAUAGACAAUUUAGAGACUGAGAAGGAGUGGUGGGAAGGAAAGGAUCUUCAUGAUUUGAUACCAACUAACACUGGUGGUACCCAUGUCAUUAUCACAACACAACUCAACCGGGUUAUGAACUUUGAUCCGUUGCAGCUUCAGCCAUUGGCCACACCUGAUGCCAUGAUUUUGAUAAGGGGAAGACGUAAAAAGGAGUAUCCGGCUGUUGAGGUAGAAUUCCUCCAUAAAUUUGAUGAGAGAUUGGGAAGGUCUAGUUUUGGUCUGUGGGUGGUUGGUUCCUUGCUAUCGGAGCUUGCAAUUUUGCCAUCUGCUCUUUUUGAAGCUGUGAAUCAGGUUCCAGUUGAAGAAACCACAAGUUGCUGUAAUCUAUCCAUUCCACAUCAACAAUUCUGUAGAACCAAUCCAUUUUUAAUGAAAACAUUGGUUUUUUGUACAGCCCUCUUGCAACAAAGCAACGAUAGCAGGGACUCCGUUGCUUCAAGAAUGCUUCAGGUAGGAGCAUGGUUUGCUCCAGCACCUAUCUCGGUGAAUUUACUGGCAGCAGCUUCAAAGAAAAUUCCUGUAAACAGAAACAGGUUCAAAAAGUGGACUAAAUGUAUGAAGGUUGCUCUAUGCUUCUACUCAGGCCAUUGCCUGACAAGCCAAGCAUGGAAGAGCGAAGAGGAAUCAGCACUACUUCUAGUUAAACUGGGUUUGGCACGAAAAGCCAACAGGCAAACAGGAUGCUGGAUACAAUUCCAUCCCAUCACGCAGAUUUUUGCUAAAAGGAAAGAUGGACUAGUUGCUGCUAAAGCCAAUGUACAAGGUGCAAGGAAACUUGGAAACCCGAUAACAGAUUCUGACCAUCUUUGGGCAUGUGCUUUCCUUGUGUUUGGUUUCAAGUCCGAACCACCAGUAGUUCAGCUCAAGGCAAUGGACAUGGUUUUCUUCAUCAGAAAAACAGCUCUUCCUUUGGCAAUUAGCGCCUUCACAACAUUCUCAAGAUGCAACUCGGCCUUGGAACUCUUGAAGGUCUGCACAAAUGUGCUCGAAGAAGCAGAGAAGUCAUUUGUUUCUCAAAUACAGGAUUGGUGCCACGGAUCUCUGUGCUGGAAAAAGAAGCUGCAAUCCAACCAAAGAGUGGACGAGUAUGUUUGGCAAGAGGUGACAUUAUUGAAAGCUACCCUGCUGGAAACUAGAGCAAAGCUGCUACUAAGAGGAGGCCAUUUUGAUAGCGGAGAGGAUCUUUGCAGAACCUGCAUUAGUAUCCGAACCGUAAUGCUGGGUCAUAACCAUGCUCAAACUUUGGCUGCUCAACAAACACUAGCCAAAUUAGUAAGGAUGAGGAGCAAAAUAUGAGCCCAAAACUCCCCUUUUUGGUGGCUCAGUUUUGUUUAUUGUGGCCAAGCAAUCCACUCUUUAGUUCAUGUAACAUAGAAAUCAUCCAUUAUCAAGUACUUUUCACCACAUCAGUUCAACUUAUACGAAAUGCAUAUCGAUUUCAGCAAUUUAUUCAUUUGAUUAAGCAAAUUUAAGUAUUUAACCAAUUGUCACAUGAUC